AUGCUGAAAGGAGCUGUGCCGAGGAGCUUACGAGCCUCCUCACAGCAGUUACCACCUCUUCGCAGAAGGCAUGCCAUCGGUAGCACAGCUCUAUUUUCUAGCACUGCUCGCCAACAUGGCUACGAAGAUACCAUCAGCAACCUCAAAAUCGGUAAACAUACCAGGGUGCUUUACCAGGGUUUUACCGGCAGGCAGGCCACCAUGAACGCCAAGGAAUCUCUCGAAUACGGCACCAAUAUAGUUGGAGGUGUCAAACCCGGCGUCACUGGCGAGCAUCUUGGUCUGCCUGUUUUGCCAACCGUUCGCGAAGCCGUGGAGAAGCUAAAGCCCGAUGCCAGUGCUAUAUACGUUCCUGGAAGUGGCACGGUGACGGCCAUGGAGGAGGCCAUCGAGAACGAGAUACCGCUUAUUGUGGCUGUGGCAGAGCAUAUACCCCUACACGACAUCAUGAGAAUACACCAGAUGUUACGAACUCAGUCCAAAACUCGACUGGUUGGCGCCAACUGCCCCGGCAUUAUAAGCACCCACGGCCGCUGCCGCCUCGGCUUCCAACCUCUGCCCUUCUUCCAAGAGGGCAACAUUGGCAUUGUCGCGAAGUCUGGCACCUUGAGCUACGAGGCAGUGGCAUCUACGACACGAGCAGGGCUUGGUCAGACGUACGGCAUCAGCAUGGGGGGCGAUGUUUUUGCAGGCACGAAUUUUGUCGAGGCAUUCCAAGUCCUUGUUGAGGAUCCCAAUACAGAAGGCAUUAUUAUGAUCGGCGAGCAUGGUGGGCGUGCCGAGCUGGAUGCUGCUGAGUGGGUGAAGGACUAUCGGAAGCGAACUCAGAACCCGAAGCCUUUCAUUGCCUGUAUUGGCGGCGUCGAGGCACCUCCCGGUCGUAUCAUGGGUCACGCUGGGGCAUGGUCGGCGCCUGGCGAAGCUGUGGCUCGUGAAAAGAUUGCUCUGCUCGAGAAGGCAGAUAUUGAAGUAGUUGACCACCCAGAGAAACUCGGUGAACGCAUGAAGGCCCUCCUCCGAAAGAGAGGCGAGUCAAAGAAUGCUAAUCGCCUCGGCGAGCAACAAAAGCGUGGCUUCCAUACCAUGCGUCAGCGGCCAAAAACUACUACAAAUCAUUCUGUCCAACAUGAGCAGCGGAGAAGCCUGUAUCUCAAGCAAUCGGAUGCAUUUAAUAUGCUCAAACAGCGAGGGAUAGAGAUCAAGGACCACGGCAAUGGCGAUUCGACAAAGAUGGUCGCCAUCUCAAUCGAUAGGUCCGAACGCCAGCCGUGUAUUGUUGCGUCUCCUGUGACUGACCCUGAUUCGAUCUUCUCUAACACCAAACGCUUUCCCUUCGCUUACGGCUCGAACGACGCGGUUUCCGAUGACAUGAUCAAUAAGGUGGCCAGCCAUAUGCAUGUGCACGGCGAGGGAAAGAAGGCUUUGAGGAAGCUGCUGACCAACCUGGUUGACCUUUAUAUGAGCAAAGAGGCUUUCGUGAUCCGGACUGAGAUCGCGUUCAAUGACAGCACCGGGGAUGUUUAUGUCACAAGAGCUAAGCUGGGCUUCGACGAUGCGGCGUACCGAAGCACGGGACGGCAGAAGGACGUUCACGCUCUGCGAGAGAUCGAUAAAGAGGAGCCAGGCGAGGUUGCCGCCGAAAAGGAAGGUAUGGUCUACGUCAAGCUGGACGGUGAGGGAACCCUAGGCACUAUUGUCAAUGGCGCCGGUCUCGCUAUGAAUACCGUGGACAACAUCGUCGCGCGUGGGGGUCACCCCGCCAACUUCCUUGACACUGGCGGGAAGGCGACCUCUGAGACAAUAAAGGCAAGCUUCAAGAUCGUGACUUCUGAUCCCAGAGUAAAGGCCAUCUUUGUCAACAUCUUCGGGGGUCUUACUCUUGGCGACAUGAUAGCGAAUGGGAUUCUUCUCGCGUUCAAGGACCUCGACCUUAAGGUCCCCGUGGUGGUCAGAAUACGCGGUACGAACGAGGCGGAAGGACAGAGGCUGAUUCGUGAGAGUGGCUUGAAGCUUGAUGCAUUCGACUCCUUCGAUGAGGCCGCUGCGCGGGCUAUCUCCCUUGCCAAUGGGACCGCAACCAUGGAGAGCUGA